AUGCCCAAGAUAUCCAAGCAAAAACUUAAAGCACGUAAAGCAGGUCAAGCAUCAGCAAAUGCAUGGAGAGCUGCUCAACGUAAAAAUCAAAUUGAUGAUAUCAAUCAAAAGUUAAUACAAAUGGAUGAUAAAGAAUUGCAGUUGAUCCACCAAAGCAUUGUACAGUCGACUGAUAGUAAAUUGCAGUUAAUCCAUCAAAGUGUUGUACAAUCUGCUGAUAACCAAAGAACAAAGCAAACAAUGCUUCAAAAUUUGACUAAUAUGAUCAAACAACUGUCUAAUGAUCAAUUAAAAUCCAU